AACCACCUCUUCUGCAUAAUCCAAUUCGUAGCAUUUAGACAAUAAACCAGUACUGCCAUUCCUCCUCAUUAUGCGACAUGACGAAAAUCAGAAUCAGCUGGCAUUCCUCGGAACGGUAGAAGAAUCUACAGCCUCGGGACCGAUAAAGAGGUAAUAAUUUACCUCUAUGUACCACGGGUAGUUGUCCUCAUCUCAGCGUGCCAUGCAUGUAGCAUAUCCAGUGAUGAAGUCGACAUAUCGGGGGCCAAUGCGUCAGACUCGCUGAUUUCUGGUCACAUUGCUGCCGUGUUUAUUGUGAAAUUCGAUGUUCAGCGGGGUAACAUGAUCGAGUGGCAGUAUCCACAAGAUAUUGAUCUAGACGGUAUCGAAUAUCAAGCUUUAUGCAGUGGGUUGCACCACAUCGACUCCGAUAUUAUCUACUUCUCAAAAGAGCCAUAUGUCGGUGUCAGUGUCUUCAGACAAAUACCAAGCGAGACUGAGAGAGGAGCGAUGAUGAAAUCCAUGGGUGCAAUUUUGAAGCCUUCUUCUGCAACAGGCAUGGCUAAUUUGGUUUCGACGCAUAUCGAAUUUUUGACCCUUCAACUACAGAACCUGAUGGCGAAAGAAGUCGAAGACAAAGUCGUCUACGAUCGGCUCAUUCAAUAUCACAAAACAUACUCGCCACCCGACAAUUUAUCUACCGAAUCAUCCAAUGACAAGCAUAGCGCCAGAAAUCAAAUACGGUCCUUUCCACGAGCUGAAUCCUUGAGCGUUUUCAUGUCUCAAUCUGUUAAUAGAGGGUUUGAUGAUUUGUCAACGAAUUCCGGUCCUGUCACCAGUCCUGCCGGCUCAUCUUGCUGUUUUCCGUCCUUUGUACAUCAAUUCGGUCCAGACGUUUUCGUGUUGUGGAAGGCCAUGCUGUUGCGUAAGCGGGUUUUAUUCUCGGUCCAACCCCCUAUGGAGGCGGCAUGUCACUAUGUAUAUAAUACUUCUGUGUUAAGUGGCGAUGCCGAUAAAUCCUCAGCAGAAAGCUUCUUUGGUGGCAAGGAAGAUUUCAGCGUACAUCCGCUCUUCUCCGUCGGAGUACAUGAUAUUCCUCAAUUAGAAAACGCGAGAAAUGGCUAUGUUGCAUGUACAUCUGACGCGAUUUUUCAAAGUAAAACAAACCUGUAUGAUGUCUUCAUUCAACUGGAGCCGAUAUGUAACUCCACGCAGGGAAAACUGCGAAAGAACCAACAACCUCUGAUUACCAAACAACGACAACCUUCCCCUCAUCCGCCAACAAAUCGACCGACCAUUCAAUCUUUCUCCUCUGCGAUUUCCUCAAGUGCGAAUGCGGCCGAUAUCAUACGAUUCCGCCUAAUGCAACAUGUGUUACAUAGUCAAAGCGAAAAGACAGGAUACGCACAAAUGGGUGGGAGCGAAUUAACCUUUGAUGCUGUAAGACAGCAACGUGGUAUCAAAAUAGCAUUACAACUGUUGAUGCUCGAGGCUUACUACCGAUGGUACGGCGAAAAUAUAUGGGUGGAACGACCUAUGAGGGAUGCGGCGGAACGUUCUGAUAACUACCAUCAGCAUGACAACCGCAAGCAACCGUAUUCUUGGCAACGGUUAUUUGCUGGUGGCUCUGGAAAAACAAAAUAUCAACGUGGUACACUGCUAGGCAACGUGGCGAGUACAGACGAUGAGCAACAAGACUUGCUUUCCGUGAGUGACAUGUCAUUAUUGAUAGCAGAUGAACAAGAUGCCGUGGAAAUCAACAACAGCGAUGUUUUUGGGAUGACCGCAGCGCAAUCGUCCGAGAACCAUAAUCAGAAAUUUGCAACCGAGCAAUUUGAAGAAUCUCGCGAAACAUCGCAGCAGGCUGUGGACAUGGAAAUGAGUUCUAAAUAUACGGCAGAGCUUCUCACAAGAUUUUUCCAGAGGUUAUCAUCACGAUUACUGUCGCUACUGCAUGAUAUAUUGCAGGCAAACGAGGAGGAGUCGAUCGACAUGAUCAUAAUAUACCCUCGUGACAUGGUUCAACUAGGGUUAGACCCUUCUGCUGAUGCCCAAUUCAUACAAGAGGUAUCACAACUGUAUUUCUCAAAACAAGUGUGUGUAGCAGGAUGCUUAGGAGCAAAACCAUGUUAUUACUGCACAAAGGACAAGAUCCAGUCAUGUCUUGACACUUGUCAAAGUAUUUGCUCCAGUCAGCAGAAUAGUCCUAUACGCUUAUAAAUAAAAAUAAUCACAUCUCACAUAGUAAAAGAAC